ACAGGAGAAGAAUACGGUAAGUACUUGGUGUAAGACUACGUAUAAUGCGCUGAUUCACAGAUAAACAUGGCCACAAGCUCUGGUGGUAGCAAGCUGGGUGAAGGAGAGAGGGAACAUGCGUUGAUUUCAUCCCUGCAGUCUCUUUGUAAGGAACACGAUCGUGAAACAGCAAGACAGGCAAUCGAAACGCUAUUGACACUUGCAAACAACAUCAUAAAGUCGCCCAUUGAUGAAAAGUACCGCAGGGUCAAGACACAAAACAAAUCUUUUUCAUCCAAAGUUUGGUGCUUACCGGAGGCCCAGCAGUUUCUUCAUCACUGGGGAUGGAUUGAGGUGUGCUGCAGACAGUGAAUUUUAUAAUUGAAGGGGUGUAGGGAAUAAGGACUUAAGUGACUGUUGAUGAAAUUUUAUUCUAUUUAUUUAAUUUUUUAUCAUUGUUCUCUGCAUUGUUAUCGCUAAGAACUUUCUUUUUAGCUCUUACUUUUGUUACUCUACACUUAGAGCAGAUCUCAAUAAGCGCUAUUUAAAUAUCUAUUAUCAUCAUCAUCAUCAUC